AAUUUGUGCCGGUUGAUUUCCAGUAGAACAGCAACAACAGCCGGAUUUGGGAGACGUUCGAACCUGUCAAGUGUACGUUGGAGUGUGUAAUCGCAAAAAAACCGCUAGGUAACGAAGUGACUUGUUCGUAGUGACAGUGAAACUACGAAUCAUUUGUCAUACAGCAUCGUCAGAGUUCAUCGCUCACCAUCGGAAGAUCAGCAAAGCAUGUCCUAAAAGUGUUAACGCAAGUUUCACAGUAAUUUCAAACGGAUUAUAUUUAUUUAUACCAGAUUCGUGAUUCAGCAUUACCAGCAUGAGUAUGAGUGUCGGGAUCGUCCUCUUGGCGAUCGGUCUAGCCAGCUUCCAUGGCAAUCUUAACGUGCAUGGUACACCACUGCAACCGAAGCUGUUCGGUACGGAUGAGCUCGAACCACGCGCUCAACUAGACCACUAUCGGCUAAACGAUGACGUGUGGCCCACUCACUACGAUAUCGAAAUCAAGCCAUACUUUGAGCCAGAGCUCGACAAGCAGGCGUUCACGUUCGAUGGCAGCACGGCCAUCACUGUCACCGCGACGAAAGAGAACGUUACGCAAAUUAAAUUGCACAAGGCAAAUAUGAACAUUGUGUCUUGGAAAGUAAUGCGCAAAAGCAACAGUAUGUUGGUGCGCAACGGUAAUGAUACGUACGAUGAGGAAACGCAAAUACUUACUCUCCAUCUUAACGAAACUUUGCUCAAAAAUGUGGAGUAUCUCAUGGUAUUCAAUUACGUCGGUGUGAUGGAGGAAAAUAUGCGAGGAUUUUACCGCAGCUACUACUACGAGAAUGGGGUGAAGGUGUGGCUUGGGUCGACACAGUUCGAGCAGACCGAAGCACGACGAGCGUUUCCGUGCUUUGACGAGCCCCGGUACAAGACUACGUUUCAGCUGAAGCUCGAGUACAGACAUCUCGAAUAUGAUGUGUUCUCAAACACGCCAAUCCAGAGCAGCUCCGUUAUUGGGAACAAUCGCACACUGGCAACGUUUAGUAUCACACCGCAAAUGUCCAGCUAUCUGCUUGCGUUCAUCGUUGCACCGUACAAUACCACCGGAGAUAAUCUCGUGCGUGUUCUAUCGCGCCCCGAAGCCACCAAUCAGACGGCUUACAGUGUCAGCAAGGGUACAGAGCUGCUGCAAGCACUGGGUAACUGGGUGCAAUAUCCAUUUAACAAUGUAACGGAAAUUACGCACAUGUACAUGGCGGCCGUACCCGACUUUGCGGCCGGGGCGAUGGAAAACUGGGGUUUGAUCACCUACCGCGAGUCAAGCCUACUGUAUGUACCGGAGGAUGCUACCAGCCUGCAGCAGCAACGCAUCGCCACGAUCAUUUCGCACGAGUUGGCUCACCAGUGGUUCGGAAAUCUGGUCACUUGCGAAUGGUGGGACGUGACGUGGCUUAAUGAAGGCUUUGCCACCUACUUCGAGUACUUUGGCACAGCCUUGGUUGAGCCGACCUGGGAGCUGUAUCAGCAGUUCGUGGUCGAGAAGCUUCACACUGCCCUACAGGCAGAUAGCUCACUGUUCACGCAUCCGAUGACGCAUCCCGUGUACACGCAAUCACAAGCGAGCGCCAUAUUUGAUAGCAUAUCCUACAACAAGGGUGGAGUAGUGCUGCGAAUGUUGGAGCACUACAUGACGAAGGAAGUGUUUCAAGCCGCUGUGAGAGAGUACGUGAAGGAUCGUCAGGUCGCAUCAGCACGACCGGAGCAUCUUUUUGCGGUGCUAGAUAAAUACAAUGUCAGUGCCAGUGCGCUAAUGGAACCAUGGACAACGCAGCCAGGAUUUCCGCUCGUAACCGUUACAGGCAGUGAACACGGAUUUUCCAUCACCCAGCAACGAUUCCUUUCCAAUGGAACGACAAGCGAAGAUAAACUGCUCUGGCCACUGCCAAUCACCUAUGCGACCAAAGUGGAAGAAUUCGAAAACACCGAACCGACGAUUGUUGCUAGCGAGUCGUACAACAUUUCACUUGCCGAUGCUUCCAACGUGCAGUACUUCGUACUGAACAACCAACAAGUGGGUUACUAUCGAGUGCACUACGAUGAAGCGUUGUGGGAGAAGAUCGGCAAUGCUCUACGCAGCAGAGGCUUCGGCGGCAUACACGUGCUAAACCGUGCGCAAAUCGUCGACGAUUUAUUCAAUCUGGCCAGAGCGGAUGUAAUGGGCUAUCGGCAAGCGCUGGACCUGUUGGAAUAUCUUCGCGAGGAAACAGAGUACGUACCGUGGAUGGCUGCUGCCAACGGACUGGCUACACUGUCGCUAAGGGUUCAUUCCGACGAUGAGCAUCUGUUUUCGCAACACGUUUUGGACAUGUUUGGCAAAAUCUACGAGUAUGUGGGAUUUCAAACCCCUGCCCCCCAGGAGCGCCGAUUGCACACCUACUUGCGACGAGUGGUACUCGACUGGACCUGCCGAUACGGACACGAGGACUGUACUAAGAAUGCGUUGAAGGAAUUUGAAGCAUUACGUGCCAAUUCGAGUGCUAAGAUUCACCCCGAUCUACGACAGGUAGUGUACUGUGAAGGUGUGCGCCGAGGAUCGAUCGAGCAGUUUGAUUUUCUGCUAAAUCUUUACCUUACGACCAAUGUGGCUACGGAACAACAACUCACGCUCCAGGGAAUGAGCUGCGCCACGGAGGAAGCAGUAGUUCAUAAAUUUAUGAACCUCACAAGUUCUUCGGAUGUCCGAAGCCAGGACAAGAGUGCUGCGUUUGCAAUGCUGCUGAACAAUCAAGGCGCACUCGAACCUGCCACAUCCUACCUCGUGGAAAACAGUGCACGUUGGGCUGAAGCUCACGGAGGCUACGAAUAUGUCGCGAUGGCGCUCGGUGGCAUCCUUUCGCGAGUGAAGAAUGAAACCGUGAAGGCCACUGUUGCCCAAUUUGCAGAAGCAAACAAACAGAUACUGGGGCCGGAUGCGUUCGAGCUCAUCAACAAAGGACUGGAGGAAUUUGACAACAAUCAACAGUUUACCAUGAAUCACCGGGAUGAGAUACUUGGCUUUCUCACGUUCAAAGCUGCCAGUGGCACAUCGCGGACCGUUAUCUUUAACUUUGUUAUAGCGAUGUGUUUGGCACUGGUGGCGUUUUGGUACAACCUCAUCAGCAUGACAUUGGCGGAAAAACUAGCGCUGGUGGCAAUAGUCACCUGUGCCUGCGCGGCGGUAUCACGCGCCAGUCCACUAGAUCCGGAACGUUACUUUUUGGUGGAGGUCGAACCACGUGCCCAGCCGGAAGAAUACCUGCUGAACGAUGAUGUGUGGCCCUCACAUUACGACAUCGAAAUCAAACCGUAUCUGGAACCCGAAGGCAACAAGGCACAGUUUACGUUCGAUGGCAGUGCGAAGAUAACGGUCAGCACCCAGAAGCAGGAUGUGCGCCAGAUUAAGCUGCACAAGGCGCGGAUGGAGAUCAGUGCUUGGAGCGUUACACGCAAAUCGGACAACACUGUGAUACCGACACAGCAGGAGAUGUACGACGAGGAAACGGAAGUUUUAACGCUUCCCCUGACCACAGCCCUGGAGGUAAACGUGGAGUAUGUGCUGUCGUUCACGUACGUCGGCAACAUGGACGACGAUAUGCACGGAUUCUACCGCAGCUACUACUGGCAAAACGAGGUGAAGGUGUGGAUAGGAUCGACACAGUUCCAGCAGACCCACGCACGCCGUGCUUUCCCGUGCUUCGAUGAGCCUAAGUUUAAGGCCACCUUCCAGCUAAAGAUCAACCACAAAACGCAGUACAAUGUGUACUCUAACACACCAAUUACGGGCAGCAUGACCCCAGAAGUCGGUCGUAGCCUAACGACGUUCGGCAUUACUCCGACCAUGUCGUCCUACCUGGUAGCAUUCAUCGUGGCACCCUACGACGUGAACGAACGCAGCGGUAUGGGCAUUCUUGCUCGCCCGCAGGCUAAGAACCAGACGGAGUACAGUUUGAGUGUGGGGAUCGAUCUGUUGAAAGCUCUCGGUGACUGGAUCGAUUAUCCCUACACCAAUGUGCCCGCCAUGACGCGCAUGUACAUGGCCGCUGUGCCCGACUUUUCGGCCGGUGCCAUGGAAAACUGGGGACUGCUCACGUACAGGGAAACGAACAUUCUUUACCGUUCGGAUGAUUCAACCAGCAUGCAACAGCAGCGUAUUGCAGCCGUUAUUUCGCACGAGAUCGCUCACCAGUGGUUCGGCGAUCUUGUCACUUGCGAGUGGUGGGACGUAACCUGGCUGAAUGAGGGUUUCGCCCGCUACUAUCAAUACUUCGGUACGGCACUGGUCGAGACGGAUUGGGACCUCGAGGACCAGUUCGUGGUAGAACAGCUCCAGGGUGUGAUGCAGAUGGACAGCUUGAUGUCCACCCAUCCUAUGACGCAUCCCGUUUACACACAGUCUCAGGUCAGCGGUAUCUUCGACAACAUUUCCUACAACAAGGGAGCGGUCACGCUGCGCAUGAUGGAGCACUAUCUCGGCACGGUCAAGUUCCAGACCGCUCUGAGGGCGUACAUUAAAGAUCGUGCCUUUAAAACCACACGUCCCGCGGAUCUGUUUAACGCGCUCAAUCGGUACGAUCCGAGUGCCAGCAGCUUUAUGGAACCAUGGACGGUCCAACCUGGCUACCCGCUGGUUACCGUCACCAGCCGUGACGGUGGAUUCACUCUCACCCAAAAGCGCUUCCUCGUCAACGAACCGGAUCACACCGAUCAGUCGACCUGGCCCUUGCCAAUUACCUAUGCAACUGAUGCGAAUGGAUUUUCCAAUACGGUCCCUGUCAUUCAUGCCGACAGGGUGAUGGAAGUGGAUCUGCAAGGUGCAGCCGACGUUGAGUACUUCAUUCUAAACAAUCAGCAGGUGGGCUACUACCGUGUCAACUACGAUGCCAUCCUAUGGGGAAAGAUAAGCAAGGCGCUGCACAGCGAAGGAUUCGGCGGCAUUCAUGUACUUAACCGUGCCCAGAUUGUUGACGAUCUUUUCAAUUUGGCACGCGCAGACAUUGUGCCGUACGGAACGGCACUGGAAAUUCUGGAAUAUCUUAAGGAUGAAACUGAAUACGCACCAUGGUUGGCGGCCAUCAACGGGCUUACCACGCUGUCACGCAGGGUUCACGCCGACGAUGAGAAACUGUUCGCGCUGCACAUCUUGGACAUCUUUUCUAAGGCAUACGACACUGUCAAAUUCCAAGCGCCAAGCGCGACCGAACGACGAGUGUUCACGUACAUGCGCCAGAAUGUCCUGCAGUGGGCCUGCAACUAUGGACAUGACGAGUGCAGCAAAGCUGCGGUAGCCGAGUUCGACAGAUACCACAAAAAUCCAUCCGUGAAAGUACAUCCCGAUCUGCGUCAGGUAGUGUACUGCGAAGGAAUUCGUAAAGGUUCUAUGGAGCAGUUUGAAUUCUUGUGGAACGAAUAUUUGACGACAAACAUGGCGACGGAGCAGAUUCUUAUCCUGCAGGGUCUGAGCUGUGCUUCAACGAGCGAACUGAUUACCAUUAUGUUGGAUGCCAUCGUUUCGCCACACGUUCGUUCGCAAGAUAAAAACAACGCUUACACGUACGUCAUCAAUAACCCGUACACGCUUCCAUACGUUUCUCGCUACCUCCAACAGCACCAUGCCAUUUGGGCCACAGCGUUCGGAAGCUACUCGAAUGUUGCAUCUGCCUUUAACAACCUUCUCACCCGUUUGAAGAGUGACAGUGAGCGGGAUGCGAUCAGUGCUUUCAUCGAGACAAACAAGAAUACUCUCGGUCAGUCGGCAUACGAUUCGAUCAAGAACGGAUUGGCGGACUACGAAAGCAACAAGCAGUUCACUCUCCGUAAUCGCGGCGAGAUCAGUGAGUUCCUGGACAAGAAGAUCAAUGGUGGUGCUGCCACGAUGAUUGCUAAUGUGUCAAUGAUUGUUGGACUGUUGAUGCUGGUUCUUGCACGUUGGUAAUCCGUUGAUGAUGCAAACAGCUGAGCAAAACACUGCACAGUAUCGUGGAAAUAUGCUUUAUGUUUUUAGAAUUACGUUAAACAACAAUAAAGUAUAAUAAAACAACAGGAAUAAAUGGAAGACGUCCUGAAAAGGAUA